AUGGGGGUGCUGCAGCGCUGCCUGGCCCGGGGACAGUGGCGCUUGGGGAGCCUCCAGCCGCUGGCCGCUGCGCCCUGCCUUCGCCUUCCCGGAGCGCGGCUGUAUGGCUCGGGCGUAGCUGAGCUGCAGGAGCGCACGCUGAUUGCGGUGAAGCCAGACGGGGUCCAGAGGAGACUGGUGGGAGACGUCAUCAAACGCUUUGAGAAACGGGGAUUUAAACUGGUGGGCCUCAAGUUGCUCCAGGCCUCCGAAGGGAUCCUGACUGAACAUUACCACGAGCUGCGCCGGAAGCCAUUUUACCACGAGCUGCUUCAGUACAUGACCUCUGGGCCCGUCGUUGCCAUGGUGUGGGAAGGGUACAAUGUGGUCAAGACUUCCAGAGCCAUGGUGGGAGAGACCAACCCAGCUGAAGCCAAGCCAGGAACUGUCCGAGGUGACUUUAGCAUCCACGUUAGCAGGAACGUCGUCCAUGCCAGCGACUCGGUGGAGACGGCGCAGAGAGAAAUAAGUCUUUGGUUUUGCAGCAACGAGCUGAUCAACUGGGACUGUUGUGAUCACAAGGUCAUGUAUGAACCAUGA